AUGACAACAACAACAACAACUGCAUUCUUUACUCUAUUUAGACACUCAUAUAUUCGAAAGAUCAUAUUUAAUGAUAUUGAAAGACAAUGUAGACUAGAUAAUGAACAGUCAAUAGAUCAUGACUAUAUGUCUGUCAAUCAGUAUAUCAAAGGUAGACGUAUCAUCAAUCUACCUGGAUUAUCAAUGAUCACAAUCUAUGCAAUGUCAUUUGACUUUAUCAAACACUCUUUAAUCUUUCAAAAUAAUGAUCCAUCAAUAACAUCAAAAGAAACAACAACAAAGAAGGACAAUCAGAAAAAGAAACAACACGAUAAACAACCAAUAAUAAUAAUAAGUGAUAAAGAUAAAUCAGAAGCUAUAACUGAAUAUUGUUAUCAUAGAAAUGCAAAUUUAGAGACAUUUAAGAAAUUAUUGGAUUGGAUUAAAGGAGGACACAAAGCAUUCAAACCAUCAAACCCAAAUGAAAUGUUAAUCAAAGUGGCUGAACACAAUCAUUAUGACCUAUUUGUAUGUUUGUACAAUAUGUUUCCAAAUACCGAUGUUGGUUUGGCUUUGGGUAUAGUUGCAAAGUAUGGAAAUUUAGACUUUGUCAAGUUUAUUCAUGAUACCAAUCCAAAAACAUAUAUAGGUGUAUCUGCAAUGGAAUUUGCAAGUCAAAAAGGUCAUUUAGAAAUUGUUAAAUUUCUUCAUAAUAAUCGAAGUGAAGGAUGUACAACUAAUGCUAUGGAUGAGGCAGCCAAGAAUGGUCAUUUUGAUGUUGUCAAAUUUUUAAAUGAAAAUAGAGCAGAAGGAUGUACAGUAGAGGCUAUGACUGGAGCAGCAGGUGGUGGAUAUUUGGAGAUUGUAAAGUAUCUUGACAUGUUCAAGAAGAAGGGUUCCGAAAAUGCGAUGGAUCUAGCCGCAUCGAACGGCCAUUUAAAUGUAGUAGAGUAUUUACAUAAACAUAGAACUGAGGGAUGCACCAAAGAGGCAAUUGAUAGAGCUGCCUACAAUGGUCAUUUAAAUGUUGUAAAAUUUCUAAUUGAAAAUAGAACUGAAGGAUGUACAUCAUUUGCAAUUGAUGCAGCAUCAUCAAGAAAUCAUUUGGAGAUUGUUAAAUAUAUCAUUGAAAAGACUAACCUACCAGGUACUAGUUUUGGGUUUGAUAUUGCAGUCUCGUCUGGCUUUUUGCCACUAAUUAUGUUUCUGCAUCAACAUUCGAAAUCCUUUGAAAAAGGUAUUAAUUGUUCUCAAUAUUCAAUGGAUCAUGCUGCUAGUAGAGGAUUUCUAGAUGUUGUUUCCUUUUUACAUAAUAAUCGAACAGAAGGAUGUUCUCCAGGCGCAAUGACAAUGGCCUCUAAAAAUGGACAUUUAGAUGUUGUUAGAUUUCUACAUGAAAACAGAACAGAGGGAUGUGAGGAAAGAACUUUAGACUUUGCUUCUGAGAAUGGACAUAUGGAGGUAGUCAAGUUUCUACAUUUUAAUAGGACAGAGGUUAAAGGGUUUGAUGCAAUGGCGAUGGCAUCGAAAAAAGGACAUUUGGAAAUUGUUCAAUUCUUACAUGAGCACAGACAAGAGGGUCCACGUGAUCAUCUUGCCAUGAACUAUGCUGCUGAGAAUGGCCAUAUUGAUAUUGUCAAAUUUUUACAUUUGAAUCGCACAGAAGGAUGUACAACGGGCGCGAUGGAUAUGGCAGCGCUGGGUGGCCAUUUAAAUGUAGUAGAGUGGUUACACUUGAAUCGUAGUGAAGGUGCAUCUGAAAAGGCUAUAGAGUAUGCAGCCUAUAAUAAUCACCUCAACAUCAUUGAAUGGUUAUUCAAAAACAGGAGUGAUGGAUGUACAGAAGAAUCUCUCCAAAUUGCCGAACGUAAAGGUCAUAUUGAAAUUGCCCAAUUUCUUAGACAAAAUUUGCGGAGACACGACAACGGUUUCCGUAAACCAAUGAAUUCAAAAGUCAAAAAACUAGUCACUUCAUUCAACUAUUAA